UAUAAAACUGAUGAAGAAAAACAAACAUUAGCACAAUUACAUUUACAGGAUGGUGAUACAUUAGGUAUUGAUAAUAGAAAUUCUUUUGUACCAAGUUGGAAAGAUGCGUCUUCAAAUAAUACAAAUAUGGGAAAAACUCAUUUAUCAUUAACAGUUAGAAAUAAUAUUGAUUCAAUAAAUACAAAACCAAUGACAUAUAGUUGUUUGAAUACAACAGUAAGAUUUAUAAUAAACAACAUGGAGGCAAAAAGUUUAGAAACGAAGUAUUUUUGACUUUUUUCCUUAACGGCAACAACUCUACGAACUCUCUACAACCUGUCUUCGGCGCAAACGAUAAUCGUUGUGUGAGAGGCCUAAAAAAGACGUUUUCCGUCUGCAGGGUAGUAGGGUAAGGGUGGUACAAAAAAAUGUUUAGAGUAGAAUUAGAGCGUUGUUCGUAUUGUUAAGAGUUUUUGGCAAACAACUUCGAAAACAUUUCUGACAUCUUUCUGAUUCAGAAGAAGUCGGUCAUUAUGUUAAAACAAAAUUGAGUUUUUUGUAAGGAAGAAUCAUUAUUGGGUUGUUGGGACAAAUGAUCAUUGAACUAUAGACAAUUGAGUGUAUUGGAAAAAGGCUAUUGGAAAUUCUGACAAGUUCAGCCACAAAUGAAAACAUAUUUUCAGUACAAGUGAGAGUGUUUUGAAAGAGAAGAAAGGAUUGAGCGACAACAUUGUUAAUGACAUUUUAUUCUUACGAAAUUUUUGCAAUGUGAUGUAAUUUUAUGUUUGAUUAUUAUUGAAGGUCAAUAAAAUAUGCUGAAACAUAAUCAAGAAAACUUCAUACUGAGAUAUACCAAAACCUGAAAAUCUUAGAGUAGGUUUAGAGUAGAAAGUCCAUAGGGUAAAAUAUGGCAAGAAGUAUGAAAAUCGAUGUAGAAUACGAAAAAGUCUUAUCCUGCAGAAUUCUGCGUAGAAUGAAUAGAGUUCGCUGAAGAUAGGUCGUAGGGAACUCGGGAACAUCUUAUUUUUUUCAGAAAUGUUUUUCGCUAUCAGAUAAAAGUGUUUGCAAAAUAUUUUUGAUAGAAUCCAGAAAACUGAUGUGGGUGUGGUCUUGGUUUUCCAGAGACCCUUUCAUUCAAGCCUGCUACUAGAUAUUUGAAAUGUGCUUCUCCUGAUAGAAAAUUAUUUCAG